CAAUACACACUACAAGCCCACAACCUCCUGAAAUAAACAUGAUAAAACAAUCACACAGCACGAUACCGACUACAACCCCACAACUUCCUGAUAAAACUAUGAAUGAUCCAUGUUAUAAAUGUGAAGAUGGCUGGAAGCAACAUGGAGGAAAGUGCUAUUACUUCUCCAGCAAUUCCUCCUCCUGGAAUGAGAGCAGAACUGAAUGUAGGACUAAAGGAGGAGACCUGGUUAAGAUAGACAGCGAAGAAGACCAGAAUUUCUUGAGGAAAAAUGUUGAACAAGAUAUCUUUUUCUGGAUCGGACUGACAGACUUCGCAGAAGAGGGCAGAUGGUUGUGGGUGGAUGGCUCCCCACUAAAUGAAAGCUUGACAUUUUGGUUACCUGGAGAGCCAAAUAAUGAGCCCGGGGAAGAUCCUGAUGGAGAGGACUGUGUGUUGAUGGUGCACGUGGGGAUAGUGUUUUGGUUUGAUUUUACCUGUAAAAUAACUUUUAGAAGUAUUUGUGAGAAAGCAGCUGUGGCUGUGUGUGUCUAAAAUUCAGUUCAGCAUUUAAAAAAAAACAGUGGAAGUAAAGGACACAUUGAGACAAUUUUUCCAAAGCUAAUGCUGCAAACAUUUAAAGCUUCCAUUCAGAAAUGUUUAAAGAAAAAAAAUUAUAGACACUGUUUAUAAUGAAAUAAAUGUGAAUGAUUAUUUUGUG